GGUUUCUUUAUGGUUACUUCUGGAAGCAAAUCUCAUUGAACUCAGUGGGGCUAAAUUUGAGGAGACAUGGAUAGGACUGUGUUAUAAUAAUAAAUCACUUGCUUGCCCUUACAAUGGGACAGCUGAAGAAAGAAAUUGAGAUUGAGGGUUGUUAUAGCAAACAUGAAAAUUUGCAUUUCAUUGUAGAUAAAUAAUAUAUUUAAUGUUAUAUUUUGAAGUGCAUUUGUGAGACUCAAAAAAGCCAAUUAUAUCCCUUAGAGAAGUUAACCUUAGAACAAGGUUACAGAUGGAAAAUUUACAGGGAUCUAUUACAACAAUGAGAACCAGUGUGGUGUAGUGGUUUGAGCAUUGCACUAUGCCUCUGGAGAACAGGGUGCGAAUCCCCACUCAACCACAAACCCACUGGGUAACUCUGGUGACUGUAGGAACAUGGCUGCAGGAAACGACAGCAGCAGCAUCUGCACCACUUACAGUACAGUUUCAUGCCCUGAAGACAAUCAGCCACGGCCAAGCUUUCUUCCAGCAACAGAAGAGUCAAGGGGCAUUUCUUCAUGCCUCAAUUCUGCAGAGUGGCCACUGAGGCGUUAUGGCCGAUUCAUGCCUGGAGGUUUGGGCCCUGCUUCAGGUUCCUGGAAGGUUUUGGAGUCAAAUGAAGAAUCUGGCUUUCUUGUACUCACCAUCGUUAUUUCAGGACAUUUCUUCAUUUCUAGAGGAAAGGAUGUACUGGAAGGCUUUUCAUUAAUUGAUGCUUCUCAGUGGCUGAAGAUAGUAAGAAAUGCAGAUUGCAUGUUGUUUGGUUCAAAGUCAAAGAGUAAACAUCGUAUGUUCCGUGUUCAGUUUAUGGGAGACUCCAAAUCACAGUCAGAAGAGAACUGCUGUAACUGUGUGCAGAAGCUUGCUGAUUAUGUUCCAGUUCAAGUAAUAGAUGCAGGAAGACAGGAGCUGCUUCAAGUUCAUAGCCUGCUACCUGAUGAUCAAAGUCAAGAUGCUGAACAAAAUGAACUAAUGCCACACACUGUUGAAAAUCCUCCUUCAGAACGAGGAAGAGUAUCUGUGGCAGAGCUGGCACAGUAUAUGAUGUCAUCAAAUGUUGAGCUACCUCUGGCAUAUCGACACUCCAUGUGGAAUGCUGAAGAUUUAAGCAGCUUCAUUCGCUUGUGCCUCUUGGAUCAGAGCUUUCCAGCAUUUGUGGAAGAAGUGGAGAAACAGUUGAAAAAAAUUACAAACAGUCAGGAAGCAAAGUGUUAAAAUUUCAAAUGUAGUGUUAAAAAUAUGUUUCAGUAUAAUUAGAUAAUUAAAAAAGAAUUCCAAGCUCA